CCAACCCACCAUGGCGAAAGCAGAGUCCUCAAAAGCUGCCAGCAACGGCGUCAAAGUGAACCCAAAUGCGCAAGGAGGGGCAAACUAUGAAUUGCCCUGGGUCGAGAAAUACCGCCCCGUCUUCCUCGACGACGUCGUCGGCAACACCGAAACAAUCGAGCGCCUCAAGAUAAUAGCAAAGGAUGGCAACAUGCCGCACGUCAUCAUCUCGGGCAUGCCGGGCAUUGGAAAGACGACCUCGAUUCUCUGCCUCGCGCGCCAGCUCCUCGGCGACGCAUACAAGGAAGCCGUCCUGGAGCUCAACGCCUCUGAUGAGCGCGGUAUCGACGUCGUACGGAACAGAAUAAAGGGCUUCGCGCAGAAGAAAGUAACGCUCCCGCCGGGGAAACAAAAGCUAGUGAUUCUCGACGAAGCAGACAGCAUGACAAGCGGCGCGCAACAGGCCCUACGCCGCACGAUGGAGAUAUACAGUUCGACGACGAGAUUCGCAUUCGCCUGCAAUCAGUCGAAUAAGAUCAUCGAACCGCUCCAAUCCCGUUGCGCCAUCCUGCGCUACGCCCGCCUCACGGACGCGCAAAUCGUCCAGCGCCUCAUGCAGAUCUGCGAAGCCGAGAAGGUGCAAUGGUCCGACGACGGGAUUGCUGCGCUCGUUUUCUCCGCUGAGGGCGAUAUGCGACAAGCGAUCAACAACCUGCAGUCCACGCACGCCGGGUUCGGCUUCGUGAAUGGGGAUAAUGUGUUCAAGGUGGUGGAUAGCCCGCAUCCGAUCAAGGUGCAAGCGAUGAUAAAGGCGUGCUAUGAGCAGCGGGUGGACGAUGCGUUGACCGUGUUGAAGGAGCUGUGGGAUUUGGGGUACUCGUGCCAUGAUAUUAUCAGCACGAUGUUUAAGGUGACGAAGAGCAUUGAGAGUUUGAGCGAGCAUGCGAAGCUGGAGUUUAUCAAGGAAAUCGGCUUCACGCACAUGCGCAUCCUUGAAGGCGUUCAGACUCUCCUCCAGCUCUCUGGCUGCGUCGCGCGGCUUUGCAAGAUCAAUAUGAAUCCGCAGCUCUUCUCCCUUGCGACGAAAUAAAGCACCCCCAUAUACUUGUUUGGCAUUUAGCAUGGCGUCUGGCGCAGGGAAACUAUCCUGGGGGAAGGGGCUUCUGGAGGGAAUAUGUCACGUCCGUAUGCUAGUCGUCACAUUCGAGAGAUAGGAUCCACGUGCAAAACCGCGCCGUGAGCGACAAUCCCACAUCCGAAUUUCUAUCUAUCUAUCC